UUCGAUAAACAUAUCGAUGAAUGCGUAAAAAUAGUUUACCAAGAUAAUAGCGUUUUAUUCCAAUUUGAAACAGUUCUAAACACAAAAUUAAAGCGCCAAGCGCAUUGUUAAAGCAUCAAUAAUUAGCCAAACAAAAACAAUGACCAGAUCCAGUAUCGAAUUGGGCGACGUAACGCCACACAACAUCAAGCAACUGAAGAAGCUCAACACUGUCGUCUUCCCCGUUAGCUACAAUGACAAAUUCUACGUGGACGUGCUGGAAGCCGGCGAACUGGCCAAGCUUGCCUACUACAACGAUAUUGUUGUUGGCGCCGUCUGCUGUCGCAUCGAUACGACGGACAAUCAACGUCGCCUCUACAUCAUGACCUUGGGCUGUUUAUCGCCAUAUCGACGACUGGGCAUCGGCACCGUCAUGUUCGAGCACAUACUCAACUAUGCCGAAAAGGAUGGCAAUUUCGACAGCAUCUUUCUGCAUGUGCAAAUUAAUAAUGAUGGUGCCAUCGAGUUUUACAAGAGAUUUGGCUUUGAGAUUGUCGACACCAAAGAGCAAUAUUACAAACGCAUCGAGCCAGCGGAUGCGCAUGUCCUGCAGAAAACGCUGCGACGCAAAAAAUCCGAUUUGCACAAUCAUGCGCAUACCAACGGUGCUAUCAGCGACAAGAAGGAUCGUCGAACUUGAAUAGGGAUACGCAACACACACAACCAGUUGAUUGAUGUUCCUUAAUAUCCAACAAAACACACACCACACACACAACAUCCUCCACAACCACAGCGGCGACAACAGCAACAACAACAGGCGAAAGCAUCUUUCAUAUUUGAACAAAAAAUGAAGAAAAAAAAUCAUCAGUUUAGCAACAACUAUAACAACAACAAUACGAACUAGAACUAAAGUACGCCAAUUAAAUACGUUUAUAUGAAGUAAUAUUAUAUAUAUAUAUAGCCGUUAGAUAGACGACACAAUAUGUGUGUAUAUGUAUUGGGCGCUAAAUAAGCCGAACUGGCAAAUUAUGUUUUCAAUUAUUAAAUAAUAAAAAGCGAUUUGUAUCGCAAGGCAAUUAA